AAGUGCGAGAAGAAAUUUGAAAAUAAAUCAACUUUACAAAAGCACAAAAAAAUAUUUCACGAAGUUUUCAGAGACUACCUAUGUGAAAGGUGCGCGAAGAGAUUUGCUAAUAAAAAGAGUUUGCUCUUGCACAUAAAAAUAGUUCAUGAGGAUUACAAAAAUAAUGCGUGUCACAAGUCCGAAAAAAGAUCGCAUUUUCUCAUGCACAUGUCGACAGUCCAUGAGCAUCGCGAAAAUUUCGGAUGCGACAAGUGCGAAAGAAAAUUUGAACGAAAAUCAAAUAUGCUUUGGCACCAAAAGACAGUCCAUGAAGGUCGGAAAGAUUUCGCAUGUGAUAAAUGUGAAAAGGAAUUUGGAAGAAAACCGGAUUUUAUCAGGCAUCAAAAUGCAGUUCACGAUGGUCGCAAAGAUUUUGCGUGCGAUAAUUGUGAGAAAAAAUUUGGACGAAAAGAGUAUUUGCUGUUUCACCAAAAGUCAGUCCACGAGGGUCGCAAAGAUUUUGACUGUGAUAAGUGCGAGAAGAAAUUUGGCUAUAAACAGAAUUUGCUUGUACACCAAAAAGUAGUCCAUGAAAAUCGCAAAGAUUACGCGUGUGACAAGUGCGAAAAAAUUUGGACACAAAUUGACUUUACUCUCUCACAAAAAGACAGUCCACGAGGGUCGUAAAGAUUUUCGGUGUGACAAAUGUGAGAAGGAAUUUGGGGAUCGAGGCAAUUUGACAGCACACCAAAAAGCAGUUCACGAAGGUCGCAAAGAUUUCGCAUGCGACAAGUGCGAGAAGAAAUUUGGGUACAAAUCGCAUUUGUUCGCCCAUCAAAAAAUACUCCAUGAAGGUCGCAAAGAUUUCGCAUGCGACAAGUGCGAGAAGAAAUUCGGACUAAAAAAAGAUUUUAUCAGACACCAAAGGGCAGUGCACGAAGGUCGCAAGGAUUACAUAUGCGACAAGUGCGAGAAUAAAUAUGGAUACAAAUCGCAGUUGCUUGCCCAUCAAAAAACAGUCCACGAAGGACGCAACGAUUUUGCUUGCAACAAUUGGGCAGCAAAGGGGAGUGCAUAAAGGUUGCAAAAAUUACCCAUACGAUAAGUGCGGGAAAAAAUUUUGGAAUCAAAGCAAUUUAUAAAAAUAUCAAAAAACAGUCCACGAAGGUCGCAAAGAUUUUGGUUUUGACAAAUGCAAGGCAAAAUAAUGAUUGACAAUUGUAAAUAUCUAUAGAUAUACUUAAACACAUGUUUUCU